GCACUCAAAGCUGCCUGUGGUAUGGAACACGCACUUGAUGAGAGAUUUUUGCCAUCAGAGAGAGAUGAACAGAUGCACAGCAUGGGACGCUGUCCUGAAGAAAGCAGAAGUUGUGAAACUCUACUCCACCUUUCAGCAAGGUGCACAGAGCAACAACCACAAGUCGCUGACACCCACAUACCCUUCAUCCCUUACAAACUCAUUAAGGGCAUCUGAGCUAGCUGUCACAUCACUGUGAUUUAUUAUUGAGAUUUCGUUUUCACCAUUUACUUAAGAAAAACGUGAAUUACAUCAUUUACUUUUGUAUCAAAACCACAUUUAACUGUUACCGAAAAGCAGGCCUUUUACUUAAGCAUUUCUGUUGCAAGUUAGUGUUAAGUGCUCACUGGCUGAAGACAAUUGUCCCAAAUCUGUAAGUCAAACUGUGAAUUAUACAUAGAUAUGGACAUUAUAGUGUCAAUUCUUCAUUUAUUAAGACAGUGGGGCUGUUUUUUAGGUGUCAACCUCAUUUGUCUGUCUAUGUUUUGUUUUAAGGAUAAGGACAAGGUUCCAACAAACGUCUUAGUUGACAUGUUGAAGAUUGUUGUUACUAAGGGUCUGUUUAAUAAAAAGCGGGUUUUGUAUCUGGCUAAAGAAAAAGCUGUAUAGUAGCAGUUUAAAGUCCUAUUCGGGAAGAAACCACAUUACACACGUCUUCCUAUUAAAACACUUGAUUUUAGUCGUUGGUUUGUAUAAUAGAACAUUCCAAGACCUGACCUAAAGUGGGUGUGUAGGAUAAUGCAGUCAUUCUGAAAUUGUGUACAUAAACUCACUGCAGAUAAAAUGGACUAUAGCGACCUCUUCUGGUAUGACGAUAGAAGUACAGCUCUGACAUCGGCACGAAACAAAAUAUUUUUUAAAAACAAGUUAAAAGCAUAAAUUUCAAGACAACAAAGUUAUUCUAUAGAAUUAUCAACAUUGUAAAUGAUUAAGUUAUUAACAAUAAAAAUGACAGACUCCAAUGGAUUAGGGUUGCAGCAAUACAAGAGGCAAUAAAAUAUUCUUAAGAGCCAAACUUUUCGAUUUUAUUUUAUGACAUUGCGAUUUAUAACUAAUGUAGAGUUUUCUCAUGAAUGCUAAUUAGACCACAACCUCACGAGACAGAAGCAUUUGGUCAAAUUUCUUCCGGCGUUUAGUUUCUGUUCCGUUGUCGUAAUAAAGUGCUUCCUCUAGGAGUCGCACCACAAAGCAAAAUUCUCCCAUUCUCUCGCGUUUAAAAUUUUCAACAUUUGCGUUGAAUUGUAAACGAAAUCUUAGUUGAUUUAAAGUUUUGUACCUGGUAUACAACUGCAAAUGAUGUACGAUGUCUAAAAUAUAUGCCCUAUUCAACGCAUUGUAGACAACGAUGAUUGGUUAAUCCUGACUAGUGUUGAGAAAAGUAACUGGUAGCACCUGACAACGCGUAGGCUGUUUGAUCAUCACACAAACAAGUAAUGAUGUUGAGGAACAUAGGUUGACACUCAUUUAAAAACACUAAAGAAAAUUGAAACCCAUCGAAUAUGACCGACUAAGUCAGCACCUUUUCAUGACCUUCUUAAACUGCCACGCUAUCCACUUAUUGUAUAUCAACGUUACUGAAAUGAAUCAACCUGCUACAUGUGACAGAAACUCCAAAUCCGGGUUUUAAAGUUUCGCUCUCAGAUGAACUGACAUGAACUUACAGUUCAACAUCAGCAGCUGUACUGCCCUCUCCUAAGGUAAAGUUAACCUUUCUGUCAAUACUUUUUAUACCGAGAGUUAUUCAUCAGCUGUUCGGGGAUCAGUCGUACUGUCCGUGUUUUUUGCCCACAUAACGUUGAUGUGCUUUAACAGUACAAUUACUUUACUGAGUAGAAUAACGAAUUACAUUACAAUGUAACAGUUUUGACUUUUAAAAUGCAGUUGUAACAGUGUAUCAAUAGUGCAGAGACACAGUGUUACGUUGUUUUUUUUUCAGUUUUUUAUGUACUCUGUUAUGAAACUGUUCAGGUUCUUUCAUUUCCAUCAUGUUGGUUCAUGUUCUCCUGCUGCUUCUACAUGUAUGUGGAGGAGGUGCGUCUCCCAUUCAGUGUUCUGAUGAUCAGGGGAAACCUGUCGACUGGUUUUACCUGUACAAACUGCCACACCCUCAUCGUACGCCUGCAGAGGAGGGGCUGAAGUAUUUGUACAUGGAUGCAGGGAGUGAAGGAUGGGCUGAUGGGAAGACAUUAAUAAAUGACACUCAAAGUGCUGUUGGUAGAACAUUAGCGCCUCUAUAUGAGGGUGGUGAUGUUGGGUAUAUCUUAUAUAAUGAUCAACCCCCACAGAAGAAGAAUUUAGGUGCAGGCAGGACCUGCGGCCACACCAAAGGUGUUGUUGUCUUUGAUAAACAACAGGGCUUCUGGUUGGUCCACAGCACGCCUCAUUUCCCCCCUCCCAAAACAGAGGGAGGUUUUUCCUACCCCAGCUCUGGGAUAAAUAACGGACAGAACUUCAUCUGCGUCACUUAUCCUUUCGAGCGCUUUCAGACGAUCGGUGAGCAGUUAAAUAUCAACCAGCCUCACAUAUAUGACUGCAGUAUUCCCGCUUCCCUGGCCGCCGCUGUACCUGCUAUGGCACAGCUCUGUAAACAUACCCUGGGCAGAUGGGAAAACGCUUCCUCCUCACCAGCCAAUCGCAGCAUCUCGCUCCUCUCAUUGGCUGGAUCAGAGUUCAUUAGCUUUGCCAAGGGUGCAUCCUUCGACAAUGACCUGUAUCACUCCUGGGUGGCCCCCACGCUGCAGUCCAACCUGCUGGUGCAGUUCUGGCGUCGCUCCACGGGCAUCCUGCCCUCUGACUGCUCUCAAAACUGGAAAGUCCUAAACGUGGAUCUCAUUUCCCCGGGCCAGCGCGUCACAUUCAAGGCCACGGCGGACCACUCUAAGUGGGCCAUCAGUACCGACGGAGGGCACGUGGGAACGUCUGGCAGCUGGGUCUGCGUGGGAGACAUCAAUCGUGACGAGGCGGAAGAGAAGAGGGGCGGGGGGACGGUUUGUCAUCGAGAUGCUGUGGUGUGGAAGGCCUAUCGUACGGCCGCCCUGCAGUGCGAGACCUGUGAUGGUAAAGUCCAGACUUGCGAUAAAGCUGUUAUGAUAUCACUGAUGAAGAUGAGUUCAUGAGACACUUCAACAAAAGCAUAAUGAUUGCAUGAUAGGUGUCAACAGGUAUGAUUUAGAUUUUAUAUAACUGAAUGUGCUUUUAUGGAACGAUGUGACCGACACAAUUAAGAUAACAUGCAAUAGGACUGUCAAUUUAUGAUUAUAGCUUUUAAAUUAUGUCGCAGCUUGAGGAGAGAACCUGCUAUAAAUCUUAAUUUACUUCAAUAGUUUUAUGUUAUCGAGAUCAUCAUUUAAUUAAUUCGUUUUUUAAAUGCAGAAGAUCUAAAAAUGCAAAUUUGCAUCUGUAAAGAAACCAAACAGAAUUGCUUAAAUAAUGACGUUGGUUAUUAUAUGAAUAAUGUUUUAUAAUGUCUGCCAGUAAUGCUGCAGAAGUGACACUCUUGAACUUCACUGGGUAAAAACUCAAUAAUCUUAGGUUGAAAUGUGUUUAGUACAGAUUCAUGUUUUCAUUGACACAUCUGUAUAAAGUUUUGACAUUGUAUCAAGAAAACAAACAAUAAAUCAGAAUAUAACUGUU